AUGGCUAAGCUUUUAAAAAGAUUCUUGGAUCUUUCGCCUGAAAUAAAGGAGUUUAUGACAACAGUUAACAAAUCGUAUCUUCAAUUGGAAGAUGAUAAGUGGUUCUUGAUCUUGCUUUUCUUUCUGACAUUACAGAAAAACUAAAUCAAUUAAAUUUGCGACUUCAAGGAAAGAACAAAACAUUGACUGACAUGGUUAGCGCCGUGAAUACAUUCGUGAGGGAGAAACUUUCUCUCCUAGAAGCACAAUUGAGGAGAGGGGAUUUAAAAUAUUUUGAAAAUAUGGCAAAUAUAAAGAUAAAAACUCAUCUGAAUAGAGGAAGAAUUAUUCUUCAACACAACGCAUGACCUCAUGCAGCUAGAAAGGCACAUGAAAAAAUUUUCAAGCUUGAUUGGAAAGUUCUACCACACUCUCUCUACUCACCAGACAUUACACUCUCUGAUUGACUUAUUUCAGUCACUGGAACAUUAAGAAACAUUUCAGAAACAAGACCCUUAGAGAUGUGAAUUAUGUUAAAAUGAUCCUUGAACAAUUUUUUUCUUUAAAAAACUAGCAAUUCUUCAUUCUGACAGAUGACCGAGUGUUAUAGAUCAUGAUGGAAACUAUAUUACUCAAUAAAGUACAAAUUUUUCUUCUUAAUAUUUUUUUUUUUUUUUCAUUUUAAUACCAAGAAAAACAAAAAAACUUUCCGGUACCCCUAAUCUAAGUAAAAGUACCGUUUGCAAAUAUAAUACGAAGAUAUAGUAAGGAAAAUUGUAAUGUAAAAUUAUACGAAAAAUCAAAAAUAAUCCCGAGAUAAGUACUCCAACACUAACUUCAAAACUGUUCGAAGAAACAGGGAAUAUGAUAAUACAGUUCGUCGUCGUGCUAAAUGAAGAUGGGAGAUAGCUCGGAAGAAGCAUUUCAUAAAUGAAAUUAAUCGAUAAAAACGAUUAACAUUUGCGAAGGAAUUUGUUUUUAAAGAAAAAAAUAUGUGGAAUGAUGUGAUUUUGUUCUGACAAAUGGAAGAUUUCUGGACUAGACAAAAAGCAGUGUGGCGAAAAGCAAAUAAACAAUUUGAAAGAAACAAUAUUUAGCUGUGAAACAUGAAGAUGGAACGUUGAUGGUAUGAGAACUGUAUCUCUACUGCUGGGAUAGGAGAAUUAAUUUUUAUUGAUAGAAUUUUAGACAAUAACAAAUAUUUAAACACUUUGAAAGAGAAUUUAACUACAAAUGCUGUAUGCAAAAUGAGUAUAAAUGAUACUUAUAAGUUUUAUUAAGAUAACGAUCCGAAACAUAAAUCUCGGAUUGUUCAAGAAUAUUCAUUAUACAAUUAUCCAAUUGCACUAGAAUGCUGA